UGCAAACAGACUUUAGAGCUAUCAAUUACUUUUCCUAGUCGACAGUCGUAAAGUAGUUCUCUCCGACCGGGAGACCUUCACUGUUUCACACUUUCAGUGACAAUAUUAGACCCCUUUGCUUCCCUCUUCUCCGUCACUUUACACCACAAAAAGAGGAUUUCGUGCAAGAAAAAACUAAGUGGAAUUUGCGCAAAAGGGUUUGAUUUCAUUGAAAUCAUUUCAAACACCACCUUCGGGCAGCUUAGGUUUCAACAAGAAUGAAUAAAGGAGGGGCUGGUGGUGGAAGUGGUGGAGGGGGCGGACCAACUGCCGCGGCGGCAGCGGCCGCAGCUCAAAAGCAGAAGAGCUUGCUUCAGAGAGUCGAUGCUGAUAUUGGCAAUAUUGUUGACAAUUUUAGCUUCCUUGUUAACGUUGCACGGGUGAAUGAUCCACCGGUCAGAAAUUCACAAGAAGCAUUUAUGAUGGAGAUGCGUGCAUCUCGAAUGGUCCAAGCAGCUGACACACUGCUUAAGUUGGUGUCAGAGUUGAAGCAAACAGCUAUAUUUUCAGGAUUUGCAUCUCUAAAUGAUCAUGUGGAGCAGAGAACAGAAGAAUUUACUGAACAGGCUGAGAAAACAGAAUGCAUGUUAUCUAGAAUUGGAGAGGAAGCAGCUGGUAGCCUUAAGGAGCUUGAGUCACAUUAUUAUUCUUCUGCAGAAAGAACCAGUAGUCUGCCUUCUUACAGCCAAGAAACAAUGCCCUGAACAUGGCUCUACCAACAUUGUUUCUUUCCCUUUGUUUUGCCCUUUCUCUAUUCCCGCUCCCAAUUUAAAUUUAUCGGCUGGGGAUAAUGUGGCAAGAACUUCAGCUGUUGGCCCAAGUAUAUUUGUCUUCCUUGAAGGUGUACUUACCAUGAGGUUAUUUAAUUAAUGAUGAGAAAUCCAGUUUGUUUCCAACUUACUAUUACUCCAAAGCCUUUUACAAAUGAGACGGACCAAUUAUAGUGGAGAAUACUGCAUAGUUAAACUUUUACUGCUACUCUUUUACCAAAUA